UUUAAUUUUUUUGAAUAGUUUUUUAAUAAUUUUUUAAAAUUAUUUAAUCAAUUUCAAAAUGAGUGCCUUAAACUUAGCAAAUAUCACAAAAAGUGAUGACGGUGCCGAUGAAAAAUUGCUCGCCGUCAUACGUCAGGAACCCAUAAAGAAAAAUGACAACAACAACAGACAAGAUGGAAUUUUAUUUACGGAAGCAUUAACACUAACCAAAUUUGGAAAAUUCAAUUAUUUUCUUAUAUUCAUCUCUGGCAUGGUCUUAGCCAAUGUAUUAUUGGAAACUGCAGCCAUUGGAUUUAUACUGCCAAUUGCACAAUGCGAUCUACAGUUGACAAAUCAAGAUAAGGGCAUAUUGAGUGCCAUUGGAUUUGCGGGCAUUAUCGUCAGUUCACAUCUGUGGGGAUUUCUAGCCGAUACAAAAGGACGCAGGAAAGUGAUUAGACCCACUUUGUUAGCCGGCUUUGUAGUUACCGUAUUUUCUAGUUUUUCACAUAAAUUCUGGAUGAUGGUGUUGUUGAGAUUCAUUAAUGGUUUCUUUGUUUCUGGCGGUUCAGCAACCAUAUACGCUUAUUUGGGUGAAUUUCACACCGACAAAACACGCUCUCGUGCCAUGAUGGGCUCCUCAUUUAUAUUUGCCCUUGGUGCUAUGAUCUUACCUUUGAUCGCUUUUCUCGUUAUCAAUCAAGACUGGAUAUUACCUUUGCCAUUUUUGGGCAUUGAUUACAAACCUUGGCGUUUCUUUCUGAUUGUGUGUGGCAUACCAGGUUUUCUAUGUGGAAUUUCACUUUAUGCUUUACCUGAGAGUCCAAAGUUUUUGCUUUCAAUUGGUCAACAAACUGAAACAAUUGAAGUACUACAGAAAAUGUUACGUUGGAAUGGUAGCCGAGAACAGUUACAGAUUAAGCGUAUUGUACCUGAGGAAGACUUGAAUCAUUCGCCAGCGAAAAUGUCAACUUCCCAGAACUCAAAAAUGUUCAUUGCAUUCUUGCAGACCAUGUGGGACCAAACUGUGCCACUCUUUCACAAAAAGUAUUUACGCACUACACUUAUUGUUUGCACAGUACAAUUUUGGCUCUAUGUGAUAACGAAUGGUUUAUAUAUGUGGUUCCCACACAUCAUCAACAGCAUGGCUGAAUUCAUGAAUGAAAACCCAGGACAACAUAAGAAAAUCUGUGAAAUCGUGUAUGAUAAACAUGAAUCACUUUAUAAGACUGAUGGUUCCAUGGAGUGCAUAACAAAAUUGGAGGACAACACUUAUUUCUACUCUUUAGUUAUGGAAAUAUUAUAUGCAUCCUCAUUUGCAUUCAUUGGCUUAAUUAUUAAUCGUGUUAGCAAAGUAACUGUGUUAUUUAUUAUAAUGAUCUUCUUCAGUUCAUGUGGCUUGGCAGCAGUUUUCACUGUAGAUCCAUCAAUAACAGCUUACCUGUACGUCUUACUGUUUUUAGUAGGUGUAGCUAUCAAUGUACUUGGUGCGACAACAGUAGAACUGUACCCAACAAAUUUACGUGCUAUGGCUAUAUGCAUCUCUCUAAUGGUUGGUCGUUUGGGCAGCGUUGUUGGUGCUAAUAUUGUUGGAGCAUUACUAGGUACUCAUUGCGAAUUGACCUUCUAUAUUGGCUGUGUUGCCCUAUAUUGUUGUGCCUUCCUCUCUCUACUUAUACCAAGAGCAAGCCUUGAUGAGCCAGUCAAGCAAAGUCUUGAAAGUGCUUAAAAAUAGAGAUUAGUGUUCUUAAAACUGGAAACAAACAAAUGAUAUUUUACAUCAAAUUUACUAGUUAAAUGAUUAUAUAUUUUAUAAAUGUAUUAGUAAUUAUAUAUACGACUAUAAUAAGAGUUAUGAAUGUUGGUGAAUGAUUUUAUAUAUGUGAUAUAUGGUGAAUGUGAUAUUAUAGAAGAAAAAUUUAUUUAUUGUCAAUUAUGAACAAGCUGUUUUAAU